GAAUCCUGAGUUUCUUGAGCAGGAAACUAAUGUAACAUCACAUCUUGGAGGAACAGCCCAGCUGCCCUGCACUGUUAAAAACCUCGGGUUACUGUACACUGUGACCUGGAUGCGAGGUAAAGAUGUAACAAUACUAUCUGUCGGUCAUCAUACUUUCAAUACAGACAACAGGAUCAGUGUGGUUCAGGUGCCAGGAUCCAACCCUUCAUUAACUGAUUGGAUUUUGCAGAUUUCUAAUCUUGGGGAAGGGGAUCAGGGUGUUUAUGAGUGCCAAGUGAACACGGAUCCUAAGAUUCAAAAAGUCAUCAAUCUGUCCAUCACAGAUAAAUUAUCUGAGUUAGAAUUUGAGAGUGAUGAAACCUCAUCUGUAACAGUUCUUCCUCGGACAACCUUCUAUCCACAGGGAGUUGAUCUACAAAUAUCCGGCCCAAAGAUACAGUACACUAGUAAAGGAGGAAAUCUCAACUUUGCCUGUACACUCACAUCAAGAGAUGGGCAAGCUGGGAUGAUUCCAACAAUAUUAAAGUGGAAGAAAGAUGGAAAAGAGCUGUCCGCCAGGGUUCGCAGUGGACUCUCACUAGAGACUGAGAAGUUGCCUGGAGUGUCCCGGGUCAGACUGUACAUUGAAUCAGUGACGUCAGCUGAUGCAGGAGAGUACACGUGUAUUAGUGAUAUUACAAGACCAGCUAGUGUACAACUACUGGUCAGUAAAGAAGGACUUGAUGUUCCCUCGGAGUUAAUUUCUGGAGAGAAAUCCGCGAAUCAGCUGACAACGAUCUGGACUUUGAUGGCGGCCAUUUUGCUUCAAUAAACCGGUUCUAAUUACUUACUGUGUUUGAUAAGAGAGCAUACA